CCGAGCGUGAAACUGAGAGGGGUACUGCUGCAAUUUAGCCUCUCUCACAAGGGCGUUUACCAAGAAGGAAUCUCUAUAAAAGGUCCACUCGGGCUCCGCUUCUUUCUCGGCGACUGCCGGAGAUGGCGGAACGAACCCUAGCUCUUCCACUCCGCUUCUACUUCCACUUCCUCCUCCUCCUCUCUCCUGCACUCCUCCAGUUCUCUACUGCUGAGAUCAUCUUCGAAGAGCGCUUCGAUGAUGGUUGGGGGAGACGUUGGGUAAAAUCAGACUGGAAGAAGAGUGAAGGAAAAGCUGGUUCCUUUAAACACACGGCGGGACAAUGGGCUGGAGAUCCAGAUGACAAAGGUAUACAGACAUCCAUGGAUGCCAGACACUUUGCGAUAUCCGCAAAGAUCCCAGAGUUCAGUAAUAAGAACAGAACAUUGGUGGUCCAAUAUUCUAUAAAAUUUGAGCAGGACAUUGAAUGUGGUGGUGGCUACAUUAAGCUUUUCUCUGGUUAUGUAAAUCAGAAGAAAUUUGGCGGUGAUACUCCAUACAGUUUCAUGUUCGGGCCUGACAUUUGUGGCUCGCAGACAAAGAAGCUCCAUCUUAUCCUUUCCUACCAGGGACAGAAUUACCCUAUAAAGAAAGAUUUACAAUGUGAGACAGACAAGUUAACACAUGUAUACACAUUUAUUCUUAGGCCUGAUGCCUCAUACAGUAUUCUUGUCGAUAACCGAGAGAGAGAUUCUGGAAGCAUGUAUACUGAUUGGGAUAUUCUUCCACCUCGAAAAAUUAAAGAUGUCAAUGCUAAAAAGCCUAAAGACUGGGAUGAUAAGGAGUACAUUGAUGAUCCUGAUGAUGUUGCGCCAGAGGGAUAUGAUUCAAUUCCAAAAGAAAUUCCCGAUCCAAAAGCUAGAAAGCCUGAUACAUGGGAUGAUGAUGAAGAUGGCAUAUGGAGACCACCAAAGAUACCAAAUCCAGCAUACAAAGGCCCAUGGAAACGCAAGAAGAUCAAGAAUCCAAACUACAAGGGGAAAUGGAAGGUCCCAUGGAUUGACAACCCAGUAGGUUACCAUCCAUUGGUAAAGACCGGGUGUAAUUUGGACCUCUGGCUGUGCUGUGUUGUAUCAGUCUCUGUACUUUGCCCAACAAUGGCCAAGGAAAAAUGUUGUAUUGUCCACACGGUGGAAAAAUAUUGUUCAAAAUAAAGCUUGAAUCUUGGGGAACCAGGUACUUGGUUGCUUAAUGAAAUCAUGACCCUCCAACCUU